AUGGAGUUGGACGAUCAUUGGUCCUAUAAAUCAAUAGUCACGAAAUUGAUACAGCAGAUGAGAGCUGAAGAUCAAAAAUACUUGACCCUACUCAACCAUCUUCGUUUAGGAGAAACCACGUGCGAUGAUUUUGAUCAUCUUUGUACACGAAUUAUCAGUCCAGCUCAAGCUGUUGAAUCAUUAAAAGAGAAGCCUUGGUGUGAUGCACAUAUUCUUGUCUUUCGUAAUCAGCUACGAACUGAAAUAAACAAUCGAGCCGCUUUCGACAAAGCGAAAGAAGCCGGUAUCCCACUAAUCGUUGUUAUCGCACACGAUAAAAUUCGUUCAAAAGUUUCCGAAGAUGACGUGAUAUAG